GUUAAAAUCAAUGAUGUUAAGUACCAGUUGAUUCUUAAUGCUUACCAUAACAACCUGUUAACCUAAAAUAGCUCACGCUCUUUAUGCGUCUCACAGGUCAUUUGUUGCUGUCUGUUGUUUUCUUAUGUUUUUGUCUACAAUUUUUGCCUCUCUAGUUUGUUGUUGUUAACUUGGUUAUGGUUGAAUAGACAAUUAAAUCAAUUAAUUUUACAAAUCAUGUUUAGUGGUUUAACAUCAACAGGUAGCAAGUUCAUCUAUUUCUUGUAAACCACAAUAAUUGCUACUACUGUUUAUAAGAUCAUCUUGAUGAUCAAGUUUGAAUGCCUUUUAUUGGAAACAAGUGAGUUAACUUGAUUGAUCGAUAAACCAUUAUUCAACCUCUCAGCACCACCGCUAUCAUCAUUAUAAUCAACAUCAUAAUCACCAGCCAUCAGUCAUCGUCAAUCUUGGGGUAAGGUUUGUAAAUAACAACAACAACAGCAAAAAGAAAGGAAAAAGUUGCAACUUCUCUUACUAUAAUCUAAUAAAUUUGGCUAAACGGGAAUAUUGAUUGUAAAUUUGUGAGACUGACAACGUGCAAAUGGUUAGUCAGAUCAAUCUUGAUGUUAGGUUGAUGUGACAAUUAAAUUAAACAGUUUGCCUUGACAAGGUGUUUCAUCCUUACUUGUGACAACUUUAAUGAGUUGAAUUAAGUGUAUACACUGAAAAUUACCUUGGAUUCACCAUGGCUCAAGCUGGAUUAACAGAAGAAGAUAUACCUGAGGGUAAAGUUAACCAAGUUUGUCGUGAAUGGCUUGUGAGGGAGGACAAUGCAAUUGCUUACAGGUUACAGGAUGAAGAAAUCAACCAAUUUUACGAAGGCAAUCGUUAUAAGAAUCAAGUUUUUCGAAGUGAUUUGGAGCAAGCAAGAUACAUUCAUGAGAAUGAGGAAUUUGAAAGAAUGAUGGAAUUUGAAAGAGAAAAGCAAAGACUUGCAGAUGAAGAUGAAAGGAUAGCAAAAGAGAUCCAAGAAGCUCUUUUGGAAGAGGAAAGGCGCAAAGCAGAGGAACUGAAUAUAAUUGCCGAAGAAGAUGAAAAAUUAGCUCUAAGAUUACAAGAAAAGGAGAAGGAACGAUUAAAGAGGAAAAAGCUACAAAGAGAAAGGUUACAAGUUGAAAAGAUAAGGUUGGAAAAGUUUGGCUCCAUGAACCCUGAUCUUUUAGAUGCUGUUAAUAGGACAAUUGCAGAUAUGGAAGACGCUGAUGUUAUUGGAGAUCUCGGAAAUCCAAUAGCUGGGACAUCAAACUCGGCAGGAAUAACUGAAGACGAUUUAUCUGAUUUUUGUAUGAAACCUCCAUCUGGUUUGACUGAUGAAGAAAUGAAUCAUUUUAUGGCUGAACAAGAUGAAGAAUUGGCUCACUUCUUACAUCAAUAUGAGACAACAAGGAAAGCUGCUAUUGCUAAGGAAAAGAAACAAUGGAUAGAAUCUCAAGAUUAUGAAAUUGCACGUAUUUUACAGGAAGAAGAAAGAGCACGAGCUAAACGUGCUCGGGAAAGAGCUCGUCAAGCUAAAUUGGAACGAGAAAGGUUGCGAAGAGCAGAACAAGAAAAUAAUUACAAUAAAUCUAAUGGUGACGAUGCAACUUCUACCGGUUCAAAUACUUCAAAAAGUAACAGCAGUAGAGGCCAUUAUUAUUCGAGAGAGCGAAUCGACUCUUACAAGCAACCAAUACAAGAGUCAUAUCAAGAAUUGGAAGUGUCGGAAACAUCAUUCAACGAUAACAAUUGUUCACCAACUCUUGAAGCUAAUUUAUCCAAUGUUUCUUUGGAUAAUAAUGAUUUGGCUAAACGUGAUCUUCCUCCGAUACCAAGCUUUCAUAAUGUUGCAAUGGAUCUUGAUCCAACUUAUAAAAAACGCCAAAAAAGUAAUAAAAAAAUUGAACCCGAAAUUACCACUGAUUUGACUGGUGUUCACUUCGCUCAAUUAUGCCGAGUAUCACCGUGUUCAUCAUCAUCAUCACAAAGUCCAACUGAAAACUGUAAACCAUUUAAUGAAAUUCCUGAGCCCGAGUCUAUUGACGAUGGUUCAUCCUAUCUUGCCUAUCAACCCGUACAAGGUCAACGAAGAAUUACAACCGAGAAACGAAAUAAAAAGAAUCGCGAUGUCUGUCGAACCCAAUAAGCUUCAACAGUGACUUUACUAAUGGCAAUAUGCUUAGAAAAUAAUUCAGUUUUCUCAAUUUUUGCUGUGUAAAUAUUUUUUACGUUUCAUACCUCACUUUUUUUGCAAAAAAUGCCUUUAUUUACGAUUAUUUACGAUUAUAUUCAUGAUGUUGAUUCUCGUCCAAUGCAAAUAAAUCUACCAUUUUCAAGAUCAAAA